AUGGCGCUGCCCGUCGUCGCGAAGCGCGACGUCGCCGCGUCCUGGCUCGCGGAGCUGGACUGCAUCGGCGGCACGCUCAAGAAGCUCGGCGGCUCCGGCGCCAGCGAGGCGCAAAAGGGGACGGCGAAGCGGCGGAGCGUCUUCUCGCGCGCGCCGCAGUGGAAGAGCCGGCUCUUCUGGGUCGAGAUCGCGGCGCCCGCGGCGGGCGAGAACUACGUACUCCAAUACGGCGACGCCAAGCGCAAGCCCAAGGGCGCCUUCGCCCUCGAGGGCGCGACCGUCGACGCGGUCGCGGACACGGACGGCGACUUCCGGCUCCACGCGCGCGUGGGCCGCGCGUGGGUCACGGUGACCCUGCGCGCCCCGACGGGCCGGGAGCGCGGCGUCUGGAUGCGCACGCUGGCCCACGUCGCCGACGUCGCGACGCGGCGCGGCGCGGCCGAGGGGUCGACGCGCGCGGCGGAGCGCGAGAGCGCGGCGACGCCGCCGCGCGCGCGGGCGCCGAGCGACCGGUCCCCGUCGCCGCGGCCCUCGGCGAGCCCGCGGCGGUCGAGCUUCUCCGAGAGCGUGCGGAAGAGCCUGGUCGGUUUGAACAAGGAAGAGGAAGCCGCGAAGCUCUUCCGCGAAUCGCUGGAAGAGGUCUUCCGCGCGAUCCAGACCGACGGCCAGCUCGCCUGCGCGGAGCUCGCCGCCGUCCACUUCGACAAGGCCCUGCUCGAGCGGCUCGACGGCGACGGCGACGGGUUUUUGAGCGUGGACGAGUUCGUCCACUUCUUCGGCGACGCCGUCGAGGGCGAACGCGACGAGAAGAAGACGGCCAAGUUAUUGCGCGAGGGCAUCGAGCUCGUGGGCCGCGUCCUCGCCUGGCGCCAGAAGCAGAAGGACCGGCUCCACGCCGCGGCGCUGCGGGCGCAUAACGCGGCGCUGGCGAAGCACGCGGCGGAGCUCGCGGCCGCGAAGAAGGAGAGCCGCGCGGCGAAGCGCGAGUCGCGCGCGCUCAAGGCGCGGCUCAGCGCCGCGCCCGGCGAAGUGUUGGAGGCCGACGACGACGAGCCGUCGGCGUCCGAGUCCGACGAGGCGGCGCCGCCCCCGACGCGCGCGGCGCCGCCGCUCCGCGAAGAGCCGCCGCCGCUCCGCGAGGCCGCGCCGGUCGCGCGCGCCAGCGCCGUCGCGCAGCGCAGGAGCGUCUUCGCGCGCAUCGAGGAGGACUCGUCGGACGAGGCCGAGCCGCCGCCGCCGGCGGACACGGACUCGUACUCCGACGAGGCGGAGCCGCCGCCGGUCCUCGCGCGGCCCGCCGCGGCGCCGGGGAAGCCCGUCGCGGCGCGCGGCGUCACCCGGUCGCCGGGGAAGCACAAGCGGACGCGGGCCCACUUCGCGCCGUCGGCGUCGGAGGCGAACGUGCUCGUCGCGCCCAUCGAGGCGCCGCGGCCGCCGCCGCCGGCGGCCGAGGCGGUCGAGGAGGAGGCGGCCGCGGUCGACGACGACGGAGGCGAGGCCUACGACGAGCGAGGGGAGGCCUACGAUGAGGAGGAGGCCGCCACGGCGCCGCCGCUCGCCGCGGCGCCGCCCCUCGAGGACGACGCCGCCGAGGAGGCGCCGGAGCCGGCGGCGGCCGCGCGCGCGCGCGCGGCGCCGACGCGCGCCCGCGCGUCGACGGCGGCGGCCCCGCCCGCCGCGGCGCCGCCGCCCUGGGAGCUCGCGGAGCCCCGGCGGGCGCGCGCGGCGACGGCGGCGGCGCCGGAGUCGCCCGCGCUCGCGCGCGCGUCGCAGCUGCUCUCGCGGUCGCGGCUCGGGAUCCUCGCGCCGGGCCCGCCGCCGGCGGCCGUCGCCGCGGGCUGCCCGCGCUGCGCGUCGCUGCGGACGCACGUCGUCACCGCGGCGGCGCCGGCCGACGCGCCGGCGCUCCUCUGCCUCGACUGCGGGAACCGCUGGGUCGCCGGCGAGUCGCGGCGGCCGCGGACGAGCGCGCCGCGCGUCCCGGCGCCCGCGACGCCCAAGACCGCGGAGCGGCGGCGGCGCGAGCGGAAGCUGGCGACGAUCCAGGACGACGUCGAGGACGCGGCCUGGGCCCGGGACCCGCUCUCCUACGCGCCGAGGGCGCCCGACGCGUCGACGUUCUACGGCGCCCCACCCGCGGCGCGGAAGCGCGCGUCGACGAAACCGCCGGCGCGCGCGUCGACGAAACCGCCGAAGCGCGCGGCGCCGGCGGUCCGCGCGCCCCCGGGCGCGGCGGCGCACGCCGCGCGCGAGCGCCAGCGCGCCGACGGCGCCUACGGCCUCCGCGCGCGCGCGCGCUACGUCGCGGACCUCGAGCUCGAGGCGCGCGACGUCAUCGACCGGCUCCGCGCGGCCGUCGCCGCGGAGGACGCCGCGACGCUACCGGACCUCCUCGCGCUCGUCCGCCGGCUCCACCGGCGCGCGACGGCGAACCGCGAGGAGGCCGUCCGCCGGCCUGGCGUCGCCGCGCGGACGCGCUGGAUCUGCGCGGGCGUCGAGCAGCAGUGCGCGCUCGAGGAGCGGCGCCUCGCGGCGGCGCUGCCCGCGCCGGCGGUCGCGGCGGCGGGCGACGAGGAGAACGUCCCCGCGGCCCACGCGCCGAAGACGCCGCGGCUGGGAUGUGGGGGAAGGGACGCGCCCUGGUCGCUGCUGUAA